CAGCGGUUCAAAGGAAAUGCUGCUUCGAGUUUGAAGCUUGUAUCGGAUCAUCAGUGUCCGGCGGCCAUAGCUGGCGCACUUGUGACGUCAUCAAUCAGCGACUCAACCCACAUGUCAUCCUACAGAGUUGUUGACGCUACACACAAAGGGUCGGGCAGUCAUGGCCAGGUAUUGGUCUGAGGGCCACUCCACAUCCAUCCUGUGUGUUGGAGCUGCACCAGGUCCCGAGGGUCUCCUUGCUUCAGGCUCUGAGGGUGGACAGGUUACAGUUUGGAACCAAGAAGGAACCAUCCUAGGCAGACUCACCCUCCCUGGUGAAGAGGACAGCACCAGUGUUGUGUUUUCACCUGCAGCUCCGAGCCAGUUGUAUGUGUCGCAUGGAAACACGGUGAGCGUACUUGACCCCAGGAACCUGAAGGGCCACGUGGAGGAGUUUCAGGGUGCAGGGGAAGAGGAGGUCAAUGCUUUGGCAGUGAACGAGAUGGGAUCGGCCCUGGCGGUGGCUGAUGAUUCUGGAGCAGUGCGGGUACUGGAGCUUCCCGGGGGAAAAGUAUGCAGGACUCUUCGCAGACACACCAAUAUCUGCUCCUCUGUAGCUUUCCGGCCUCACAGGCCCAAUAACCUGGUGUCUGCUGGACUGGAUAUGCAGGUGAUGCUGUGGGGUCUGCAAAAGACUCGCCCGCUUUGGACACUGAACCUCCAGGAUGUAGCAGAGGAAGAAGAUGACUAUCAGCAGCGUCCAGGUCAGCUUUUCAACCCUCCACUGGUUCACUGUGUUUCUGUAGCGAGCUGUGGAAACAUUCUGGGCUGUGCAGCAGAGGAUGGGCGGGUGCAUUUGAUGCGAAUUGGCAGCGGCUCUAAACUGGAACAGCAGGGAUCAGUCAAAGCCCACAGUCAGGGAGCAUCACAAGCCCACUUUGUUAGUUUCUUUUCCCACCCAUACUGGCUUGUCACUGGUGGGAAUGAUGGCCAGGUUGCCCUGUGGGACCUCAGUAAGCACCCAGUAGUGACUCCAGAGGGAAAGGUCAAAACUAGAGUGACAGGACCCCAGAGCAGGAAGGGUAAGAGCAAGACAAAGAGGAAAGAACAACCCCAGCAUAAAGCAAAGACUCUACCAAAGGUUGAAGCAGAGAAAGAAGAAGCUGAAGUGGAGGACAAAGUGGCAGUGGCAGGUGUGGAGGAGGUAACAGAGGAGAAAUCUGGGCCCAGACUGAGCAUUAGUCAUGGGGACAAGGUGAACUGGCUGUGCCCUGCAGAGUUGAAAGGGGAGCCCAGUGUGGUGGUAGCAGAUCAGAGCUGCAGACUGACUGUCUACCCUCUGUCUCAACUAUAGUCACACACUUUACAACAAGCCUGUAAUUGUUUGCCUUAUUAGUUUGUGUGUUUUCAAAAAUCUUCAGAGAGUACAGUGUCCCCCCCCCCGAUAAAACUAACUCCUAAAUUUGCAAAAUGUUAGUUGACAUUCAACCUAAUCAGUCGGUCACCUCCUGCAAGUAAGGAGACUUGUCCAUGUUAGAUAUUUGGAAAAGCAGAACAUUAAAGAACUUUUAAAAGCAUAUUUUGAUGGCAGUCACCCUAAUAAAGAUCCAGUUAGCCUACCAAUAAACUGAAACAGUCCAAUAACACCGACAACUACUGUGAUAAUGGAAACACGCAGUUUGCAGCAGCCCUCAUUCAUCACACUGAAAAUGUGCUGUUUUAACCCAAAUUUCUCAAACAGUUCUAUAAAUAUAAAUGAAACAAAAAAAAAAAGAAUAAAGCAGACUUUGUGGCCACUAUAUUAAUACAACUUUGAAAAUAUAUAAAGCAUUUGUAAAUGAAACUUAUGAUCUUUGGAGUUUCAGAGACUCCUAGUGUUCAGAUGCUGUGUGGGUGUGGCCCCUGGAUGUCUGAUCUAAAUUGUGCUUGGCUUCUUAUUGUGAUGUUAGGAUCCUGCACUCCUUUCUUUAAGCCUGAACUGUGUGCAGAAACCAAAUACAACCAGUGUUCCAGGCAGCAAUGAACAGUACAAAACCAGUACUGUAAGGGAAGAGCUUACUGCAAUUUGUCUGAGGUUUCACACAUUAUUCAACAAACUACAUA